UCCAAAGAAACAUUCAUCAACCCCUCACCUCUCUCUCCCCACCCAAUUACGCCGCUCUCCGAGGGGGGGGAUCGAGAGAUCGAUCGAAGAACCCGGAUCGAGCGGUCGCUUCCACCGUCCGAUGGAGUUCCAGGCGCAUCACUACCCGUUCGAGAGGCGCCCCGCCAUCAGAGAUCGCACCCCCGCCGUCCGAUGGUGCAAAGAGUGGAUUCCGCAGGAGCUCGUUGCAACCGGUGGGAAAUGCUCACUUUUGAAGUGGGUUAGAGAGGAUAAGUUGAAAGCUCUGGAAGAAAAAGCUGAGGAGCCAAAAGUUGAAGAGCUGAAACCGGAACCAACGACUGAGGUUCUUUUCCUCUGCAGCUAUGAAGGUUGUGGUAAGACUUUCAUCGAUGUAGGGGCUUUAAGAAAACAUGCUCACAUCCAUGGAGAGAAGCAGCAUGUUUGCCACUUCGAGGGCUGUGGAAAGAAAUUUUUGGACAGUUCGAAGUUGAAGAGACAUUUUCUUAUACACACAGGAGAAAGGGAUUUUGUUUGCCCUCAUGAAGGCUGUGGUAAGGUCCAGGCUUUCUCAUUGGAUUUUAACUUAAGAGCCCACAUGAAAACACAUUCAUUGGAGAACUAUCAUGUUUGUCCUUACCCAGAAUGUGGGAAAAGAUAUACAAAUGAAUGCAAAUUGAGAACUCACAUCAAGACCCAACAUGAAAAGAACGCAGCCAUUGAUGCACCUAAGCAUACUCCGCCAGCAGAGAAAGUCCACACCACCCCGAAAACCCCUGCACCAAAUUAUGCUUCUGCCACCUCCGACCGCCCGUACGCUUGCCCUUACGACGGCUGUGGAAAAGCUUAUAUUCACGAGUACAAACUCAACCUUCAUCUAAGACGUGAGCACCCGAACCACAAUUCAGAUGAAAACAUCGGCAAGAACACCCCCCAUACCACCGACGAAGCCGAAUCUGGUGCCGCAAAGACCCCUAACCCUAAGAGGAAACAUAACCCAGUUUUGCAGAAGGCGCCACCGGCUAAAAUUGUUCGGAAAGCACCUAAUUUGGUUCCCCCUACAGCUGCUGCCGCUGCUACUAAUUCUAGUAUCGGGAAUGCGAAGAAGCAGUGGGCGAGCAAAGAAGUGUACGAGGAAGAAGAAGAGGACAGCGAGGAGACUGAAGAGGAUCGGGAUAACAUCGAGGAGGGCUGGAGGAAUCGAGAAGCGAACGGGGAUGAUGAGGAGACGGAGGAUGAGGAUUGAUGGCGAGGCCUAGAAUGUUUUGAUUUGGGCCGGUGUUUGUUGUAUAUAAUUGCCGAUAUUGGAGCCGUUUAGACGCGUAAUCUCAACUGGAGCAGGUAUAUUUCCCAAGCUGUCGUGCUUUUUAGACAUGCCGAAAUGUUUCCGCAAAAUGGAAUCAAAAUUUCCAGGAUAACUGGAGCUCUUUAUCGGUCGUUAAUAGCUCAACUUUGUACUGUAUUAGCUACAAAACACGCGGUAUGCUUUGAUUAUUUGUUGUUGUAAUUUUUCACCAGUGCGAAAAUGUUCAAUAUGCUGUUAUGUUUUGAAAUGUAGCAAAUAUCUUCUUAGUUGUCAGAUUACGUUGUCAAAUGUAGCAAGAUUAGCUUCUGACCCAGAAAAAAAAUGAAUAAUAGAAAGAUUAGCAAAUUUGGCUUUUAAA